AAUCUCUCUCGACAACCAAAACAGCUCCGCAACAACCACACCUUGAGUCCCCGGUAAAGACAAUCGCACAAUCAUGGACUCACCAAGCUCCGCCCUUGAGCAAAAUAUCGACCUCUCAAAGCUUUCAGAAAAGGACAAGCAAGAACUUCAGCAAUUUAUAGUCAACGAGAGCCAGAAAGCCAGGAUACAACAGUCUGUCCACUCCCUCACGGAUAUCUGCUGGAAGAAAUGUGUGACGGGUACAAUUCGGGGCGGGAAGCUAGACAAGAAUGAGGAGACUUGCGCGCAGAAUUGCGUGGAUCGAUUCUUGGAUGCAAAUAUGACGGUUAUUAAACAUCUCGACAAUAUGAGGAAUCAGUCAUGAGGGGAGUUGGACGGACAGCUAUCUCGUUUAUGAUCCUAGGCACCAUCGGGCUAUGAAUAGAAGGAUAACAGUGUGUACGAGUAGAGGUUUUGUAUGAUUAAGGGCGAUUGAGAAGAGACUUCGCUCUUACAGCUGGCAUGAAAUGAGACACGGGGUUCAGUCUUCAAUGAAAGAAAUCACAAAAUGCGCUCACGAAGGAGCUUGAAAUUGGGGUCUGAAAGCACUUUGUGCACACUGAAUUGAUUCGUAGCCACGAAUCGUG